UUUGUCGCCUAUGUUGUCCCCUCACCCAGACUGCACUUUACCCCCUCCCCUCAUCUACCGAUAAAACACUGAGGCCCAGAGAAAGCUCACCCCUUACCCUCGUAUCAGCAGCACUCAUCACCUGUGGAGCCGAAUCUGCAGCCAUGCGAAACCUUUACUGCGCUCUCCUGCUCGGCCUGCUGGUGGUCACCUGCCUUCAGUCGUUCGCCGCAGGCAACAAUGGAAAAUCACCAGAUGAAUGUUGUUUUAAUUUCUUCAACAAACCGAUCCCAGUAAGAUCCAUCGUGUCCUAUGAAGAAACAAGAACUGAGUGUCCAAAAGCUGGAGUCGUUUUUAUCACCAAGAAAGAAGCUCGUAUGUGUGUGGACCCCGGCUUCAAGUGGGUGAAGCGAGCCAUAGACCAGAUUGAUAUUAGAAAUGUGGAAGGUUCCACAGAUGAUUAAACCCCGUCUGGAUUAAUGUGAAAUCAGCGUAUGGUUUCUUUAUGGAAUGCACUUUUCAUCUCCUUAUUACAGCAGUGCUAGGAUGGUCUCUGCCUGGACCAGAGAAUAAAGCUUUUUCUUAUAAAUCACUUUAAACAGAAAGCUCACAUGACUCUGUCACUGUGUAACUGUAUUAAAUAUGUCCUCAUUUAUGAUUUUCUUUUUCCUGUACACAAGUUAAAAGUACACUUCAUUACUGUCACUGCAAAUCCUUUGAUAAAUAAAAAUACUUUUAAAGAAAA